AUGGGGUCCGAGUUGAUCUACAGGGGCCAUGAGGACGAAUCCCAACAACAAUCCGAUGCCUACUCCCCGAAACGGCCAAAGCCAUGGCUCCCCGUGAUCCGCCCCAUUCGCUACCUCCUCCGCGAGCAACGCCUCCUCUUCGUCCUCGUCGGCAUUGCCAUCGCCACCCUCUUCUUCACCCUCCUCCCACCCUCCUCCCCCCCGCCCCCUUACUCAGCCGACUCGCUCUUCCAACCCGAUUCGACUCAGCUAACCCACCGGGUCUCCUACCAGAGCAACCACGCCGCCGGGUUCGGGUCUUUCAGUUCGGGCGGGAAGAUCCCGCUGGGGCUCAAGCGGAAGGGGCUCCGGAUCGUCGUCACGGGCGGGGCCGGGUUCGUGGGGAGCCACCUGGUUGAUCGCUUGAUUGGGAGAGGGGAUAGCGUGAUUGUCGUGGAUAAUUUCUUCACGGGGAGGAAAGAGAACUUGAUGCACCAUUUUAGGAAUCCUAGGUUCGAGCUGAUCCGACACGACGUCGUUGAGCCUAUCCUGUUAGAAGUGGAUCAGAUCUACCACCUCGCUUGCCCUGCUUCCCCUGUUCAUUACAAAUUCAACCCUGUCAAGACCAUCAAGACGAAUGUGGUGGGGACACUGAACAUGUUAGGGCUGGCGAAGAGGGUGGGUGCGCGGUUUUUGCUAACGAGCACCAGCGAGGUGUACGGUGAUCCUCUGCAGCAUCCUCAGGUGGAGACUUAUUGGGGCAACGUCAAUCCCAUCGGUGUCAGGAGUUGCUACGAUGAGGGAAAGCGCACGGCGGAAACGUUGACCAUGGACUAUCACCGUGGUGCUGGUGUUGAGGUGAGAAUUGCUAGGAUUUUCAACACAUACGGGCCUCGGAUGUGCAUUGAUGAUGGCCGUGUCGUUAGUAACUUUGUUGCUCAGGCCCUGAGGAAGGAGCCAUUGACAGUAUAUGGCGACGGCAAGCAGACGAGGAGUUUCCAGUACGUUUCCGACUUGGUGGAGGGUCUGAUGCGCCUGAUGGAGGGGGAACAUGUAGGACCUUUCAAUCUGGGAAACCCUGGAGAAUUUACCAUGCUCGAACUUGCUCAGGUGGUGCAAGAAACAAUAGACCCGAAUGCGAAGAUAGAAUACAGGCCUAACACGGAGGAUGAUCCACACAAGAGAAAGCCCGAUAUCACAAGGGCCAAAGAACUCCUGGGUUGGGAGCCCAAGGUGUCCCUUCGCAAGGGUCUUCCUCUAAUGGUCUCCGAUUUCAGGCAACGGAUCUUUGGUGACCACAACGAAGACAGUUCCUCUAUCACCUUGACCUCAGAUUAAAAGUAUGAUGUAGUAUCCUUUUGAGAGUCUCCUUUUUUCAAAGGAGCGCCACCAUUGGUAUCUAUUGAAAAGUUUUGCGUCGUCCCCGUUUCCAUUUAUUUGAUCUGUGUAAUUUUUUUCCUUGUCAUUCCUGGAACCAGAAUAGUAAUGGAGAUGACAUAUUUGAUAGUUCUGCAAUAACAUUAAUACCUUCCCGUUUUGUCA